AUGCGUCUGUCCAUUUUCAUCACUUUCACCACUCUUGCCCUCAGUGUCCAGAGUGCCAACAUCCAACGCGACCAACGAGCUGAAGCCCAGAUCUACUCAGGCUCGGGAUGCUCUGGCGCACAAAGUGAAUUUGCGGUAGGCAACGGAGCAUUGCGUCGCAGCAAAUGGACAUUCUACAAAGCAGGACACUGGUGCAAACGAUGCGCCGCAGUGCCCGUUGACGAAGGCUUUUGCGCAUAUGGUAUUUCUGGCCUCUACGGUCCUAUCCCGCGCUACGCACUCCGCCUCCUUUCCUUCGUGUUCCACAACGGAGAAUGGGCCGUUGCGGUAAUUCUUGGCCCGGCAAUGCUUACCAGCUCCAUAGCUGCCAUACAUGCCAUCGCACUGGCCGCCUGGUGCGGCCAUAAUACUGUGGGUUUAGACGUGAUUCCAGUCUUUGCCAUCACCGAAGCCGCAGCCCUACUUCCUGUCCCCAUGAAGCUAUGA